CAUAAGUUGACCAAUCACAAAACACCACAUACGCUUUUGAAAUCCCCCAGCGAAAAUUUUAUUUAUUGACGUGAGCUCGAUAAUGUACGACGCAAUCUUUCGUUACUCGCUCGCGGAGAUAUAUCGCAGAAAAGUGGUCUAACAAAUGGUGGAAAACUAAUUAAAAUAGCAUGACAUCAAGACAUUAGAGCCUAAUCAGUGGUGUGUGGAGUGUUUUUUGUUUUGAAGCUGUACUUGAAAAAGGAAUCAAGAUGAGUACACCGAUCAUCAUCACUGUGCCCAACAACUACUUGACGGUGGAUGAUAUGGACUCGAAGGUCGUAGUCGACGUUUCAUCGCAGCCACCGUCAAGGAAGAGGCGCCUGGACCAUUUAACAUGGGAGGAAAAAAUGCAAAGGAAGAAGCUGAAGAAUCGUGUGGCGGCGCAGACGUCGCGGGACAGGAAGAAAGCUAAAAUGGACGAGAUGGAUCAUCGGAUAACGCUUUUGGCUGAGGCCAACGAGCGUUUGACGAAUGAGGUGGCGAGUUUGAAGGCUUUGAACGAGCGUUUGUUGAGUGAAAACGCGUCGCUUCGCAGCGAAGCCGCGGCGCGGACCGUCGCGGGGGCCCCAGGACCAGCAGAGUCUACUCCUCAGCAGAAGGAGGGGCCCCCGACGGCGAUCCGCGCGGCGCGUCUGCUGCUGGCGAUGUGCCUCCUCUCGCAGACCUCCUCGCUCACCUCGACUCAGAAGAAUACCUCGACACCCUCAAUCAACUUGCAGAAUCCCUCCUCAAAGAAAUUGAUGCAGGUUCUGCAGGAGCGGUUGAAGAUGUCCCAAACCGGUUCCCUGGAGAGUGCCCUAAAGGAGCUCAAGUGGUGGGGCCCGCAGCAGAGCAACUGGAAUCCGAUGAAGGUGCAGUCGUAGACCUGAAACACGACGUCAACAGGAUACUGGCACAGCACUCGUACGCGCACCGAUACACGCCCGACGUAGUCAUCACGCCCGCACCUAAAGAGGAGCCUGGCAGCGACAAGGGAGAUAUCUUCUACGCCAGCUGCGACGAAGCAAACGACUGCAUUACCAUAGAAGUGAAAUGCGAAGACCAGGUCGUCGAGGAAGUCACACCGAUCAGAGUUGACACAGAUUUCACAGACAACACUGUGUCACUCGAGUGUGACCUCAAGAUGCUGUCACCCAUGACACUCUCCCCUAAGUCAAUCGAGGACAAUCUUCUCUUAUCGCCCACGCACACUAGCCUCAGCUCAGACCUCGGGUACGAAUCCCUGGCCUCCCCCCUAAGUGAGCCCGAGUCCAUGGACUUAUCAGAUUUUUGGUGCGAAUCAUUCUCAGAAUUGUUCCCUGGCCUAGCGUGAGGGAACAAUUCUGCAUUUGUUCUCGCCAAAGACUGAUUAGUUUCUAAGCUAGUGUAAGACAUAGAUCUAUUAAAUUGUUAGGUUUAUUUAUUAUUAUUAAAUGACAAAUUUAAUUAUUGUAAUCAAAUGUUUUUAUUAUUAGGCGUGUAGUUGUUGUACGUACGAAGUGCUGUAAAUAAACACGUGUUCUGUGAA